CUCUCUCUCUCUCUCUCUACAUAUUUGUAUAUAUUUAGAAUGCAGACAGGUCAUGGGGUGGAAGACCUUGUCAAAAACCUGAAACAAAUUCUCUCUCCAAAUUUUCUAUAUUUUUCUUUCUACAUACUAUAUUGGGGUUGUGGUGGUUUGGACAUUUUAUUUUCCGAAUAACUGCUGUCCAUUUGCUGUGUUAUUGGGACCUCAAUUUCUGAGGAUAAUCCGCUGAUUUAAUACUCCCUUUCUCUUCCUUUCUCAAAAGCCCUGCAUUUUUGUCACUGGUGUAGGCAUUCGUCAAGGGCAUAAGCUCUGGCAUCGUGGUAACUUUUACCGUCUCAAGUGAUCAAACUUGCGAAUUGCAACCAUGAGUGGCAAUAUGUCUGGACCUCUUGAGCGACCCAUUAGGCCAGUAUGGAAAAAGUUGACAUUGAGAAUUUUGAGGAUGAAAGGAAGACAAAGCUUGGGUCUCUCAAGCAGAAAGCAAUUAAUGCCUCGACGAAGUUUAGGCAUUCCUUGACGAAAAGGGGCAGGAGAAACAGCAGAGUCAUGUCUGUUGUUUUGGAGGAUGAGCAUGAUGCAGAGGAACUAAAGGCUGUCGACGCGUUACGCCAAGCCCUGAUCUUGGAAGAAUUACUGCCUGCAAAACACGAUGAUUACCACAUGAUGUUAAGAUUCUUGAAGGCCAGGAAGUUUGAUAUUGAGAAAACAAAGCAAAUGUGGGCUGAUAUGAUCCAGUGGAGGAAGGAAUUUGGCGCAGACACAAUCAUGGAGGAUUUUGACUUCAAGGAAAAAGAUGAGGUCCUCCAAUACUAUCCACAAGGACAUCACGGGGUUGAUAAGGAUGGACGACCUGUUUAUAUUGAACUAAUUGGUAAAGUUGACUCCAACAAGCUCUUGCAAGCCACAACAAUGGACCGCUAUGUUAAAUACCACGUACAGGAGUUUGAGAGGACCUUCAUUGAUAAAUUCCCAGCCUGUUCUAUCUCAGCAAAAAAGCACAUUGAUCAGAGCACAACUAUUCUGGAUGUACAAGGAGUGGGAUUGAAAAAUUUUAACAAAUCUGCAAGGGAGCUUAUCCAGCGCUUUCAGAAGGUUGAUGGUGACAACUAUCCUGAGACACUUUGUCGCAUGUACAUCAUCAAUGCUGGUUCUGGAUUUAGGCUCUUAUGGAACACGGUUAAGUCAUUUCUUGAUCCUAAGACCACUGCAAAGAUUCAUGUUCUUGGCAACAAAUACCAAAGCAAGUUGCUUGAAAUAAUUGAUGCUAGUGAGCUACCAGACUUCCUGGGUGGUACAUGUACUUGUGCAGAUAAAGGUGGCUGCAUGCGAGCCGAUAAGGGCCCAUGGAAUGAUACAGAAAUAAUGAAGAUGGUUCACAGUGGUGCGCACAAAUGUUCAACAAAAAUUUUGAUUCCGGCUGUUGAAGAGAAGACAAUUUCUGAGGAUGAGAGUGCUAACUUGAAGAAUGUGAAGAAGUGCAUUUCUUUCAACUCUGAAACAGACUCUCCCAGACUUCCGAGGGAUUAUGCAGCGUAUCCACAACUCUCUCCUGUGCAUGAAGAAGUUAACGUAAGCAAAAACUACCACAAGGGGUAUCAGCAUGACUAUUAUGUUCCAGUGGUUGAUAAGGCCGUAAAUGAAACUUGGCCUGAAGUGGUGAAAAGCAACAAGUUUGCUCUUUCUAAAGCUACAGAUUAUUAUCCGAUCCACGAUGCUUGCAAGCCUACAGAUGGAAUAAGCAAUCAGAUUUUCACUGGUGUAAUGACCUUUGUUUUGGGCAUUGUCACUAUGGUUCGUAUGACACGCAAUAUGCCCAGAAAACUUACAGAUGCGACUCUCUAUUCUAGCUCCAUGUAUGGUGUUGAUGAGAUGAUCAAAGGCGAGGCUCUUCCUUACAAGCUACCAGCACCUGCCAUCUCCAGCACCGAUUAUUUCACCAUGAUGAAGCGCAUGGGUGAACUGGAGGAGAAAGUCAGUGUUUUGAGCAAUAAACCAGCAGCAAUGCCACCUCAAAAAGAGGAAAUGCUGAACAAUGCUAUGAGUCGUGUUGAUGCCUUGGAGCAAGAGCUUUCAGCAACCAAGAAGGCACUUGAGGAUGCUCUAGUUCGACAGGAGGAGCUCAUAGCCUACCUCGAUAAGAAGAAGAAGAAGAAGAAGUUUUUUGCUUUCUAAGUUCAGAACCAUUAUACUAUCCUCGUGAUCGGCACUUAAGAUGCUGUCCAGUGAUCUCUAUCUAUACCGAUGUUUGCUUUGUUAAACACUCGAGUCAAAAGCUUUUGUAUAAAUCUCAAUGAUUUGACACUCUUUCCUUAUUAACUCUUGGCGUGGUUUAAUGGAAGACCAACAUCGUC